AAAAAUAAAUCAAACGUAGUACGGGUUUGAUUUAUUUUGACAUUCAACUUUUCUGAGUAAACUAGUUGGCAGCACUGCCUCGAAACGUCAAAAAGUGACGUUUAAUUCAAUCAAAACAAACAAAUUGUAAUUAACUUUAAUUAAAUAAUUACGCUACAAAAUCAAUGAAACGUACGGUGCCUUCAGUGUUGUGAUGUGAUGUUCCGCAAAUCUAAGGAAAACAAGUCGAAGCUCGAGCACAAACUGUACCUUGCACGGGAAGCCCCCGAGCCCAUUUUCGACCUCUCCGACUGCAACCUGCGACACGUCCCCCAGGGGAUUUACUCACUUUGUCGCGUUUUUUUGAAAGACGUGUUGCGGUUGGAGCGCAACUGCUUGUCUUCGUUGUCAGGAGGGGGCCACUUGAGCGACUUGCUCCAGUUAAAAGUGCUAGAUUUGCACGAGAACGCCUUCCAAAGUCUUCCCGAUGAGAUCGGGCUUUUGCGGAGCUUGAAAGAGCUCUACUUGAACGAUAAUCAAUUGAAGAAAUUGCCUGAUACCAUUUGUUGUUUACACAACUUAACUGUACUCAAUGUUGCGAGAAAUGCGCUCAAAACGCUGCCCGAAAAUAUGGGCAAUUUGAAGAAUUUGAAAUUUUUGAGUGUUUGUGGGAAUAAACAUUUGAAACGGCUGCCAAAAAGUAUUUGUGAUGCUCGGAGACUUGUCACUUUAGAGGCUGAUUGGGAGAGGUUUGUUUACCCUCCUUGUGAUAUAAUGGGGCAAGGGACUGAGGCUAUUAUGAGAUUUAUUUGCGCUGAUUUGGGGCAACCUUAUUUAGGCCCCGAAACUAUUGAAGACACUCCUGAUACUAGCACUGAUAACAGCGAGGACCAAACUGAUGCUUUUGAGGCCAAAAUAUGGAAGCUAGAAAAUAUUAAGAAACAAAAAUUACAAGAUUUCCUCGAAAUGGAGAAAGCCAACGAAUUGUUACAACGCCAAGAGUUUGAGUUAGCAAAUGCACAAAAAAUUCAUAAAGAAAAGGUAAUUUUUGGUUUUAGGAUUUGGGGAUUUUUUGUAAUGGAUUUUUAGCUGUGAAUUUUGUUUGGUCCAAUGUAAAUUCUGUCACCUGUCCGCCAUUUGCUUCAAUUUCGCCGCCA